UUCGGAGUAAUUUAUUUGUCAGUUCUCUAAAUGACUGAAAGUGACCAAAAAUAUAAGUAAUUAAAAAAUAAAUACAGCUAUAAAAACCUGUGCGAGAGAAAGUGCAAAUAAUUGACAGCACAAUAACGGCUUGUUGACAGCCAUUGUGGUGGACAAAGCGGAAAACGGAAAUUAUUAGCGCAGCAAACGGCGCUGCUGUCAAAUUUGACGGCUGACUUUGCAAUUGGAUUUGAUGUUGAAUUGUGCGUGUUUGGUACGCGAGUGUAAAAUAAAUUUUAACUGGACAACAACAAAAAAAGUAGACGCCCUUAAGGAAAAUUCUAUUUGUUGCAAGUUUACUUAGUGUAUGGCUUUGUGUUGUGUGUAGCUAGAAAAGCCCAGCUAUUGUGUUUUGGGGUGGAAAGCCAGUUUGAGUUUGAUAUGUGUGAAAUGUGAAGAGCAGGAAGACAGCGCGCUGUGUGAAGUAGUGUUAGCAGCAGCAGCCAAAACGUCUGUCAGUUAUUUAAAAAUUGAUUUUUAUUAUAAACGUUGGCGUUUUUCUUUUCGCUUCUAUGUUUAGUGGCCGGUGUGAAUAACAGUAAACAGCAGGCGUCUGUGGGAAAUUAUUGUGUUUAAGUGUGAACAAAUUUUGGUAAAAUUUUCGUUGUGUUUGUUGCGACUACGUCAGCAAGUGUCGACGCUGCGGCGACAUCAACUACGCCAACGUAUAUGUAACGAAACGGUGUUGUACUUAAAGACACUUAAACAAAUUGGAUGCGAAAACGCUGCACGUGCAACAGCAAUACAAGAGAGAAUAGAAGUGACAUCCUGCUGCUUGCUCACAGUUAUAUUAUAUUUUGGGUGAGAAAAGGCUCAAGCAGGGAGGGCCGAACUAAAGUGGAGCAGAAGUUGAACGAAUUCGUAGCGAAAUGCAAUAAAAGGUUGGCGUGCAGUGUGUGGAGAUAAGCGCAAUAAAAGCUUGUGGAGGAAGUAUGAAAAACGUGUAGAGAUUAGAAGGACAACAAAUGGAAACACAUGUGAAGUGUUAGAAUAUGAAAUUGGAUUACGGUUGAGCACUUAAAAGCUAUUAAAACGUUUCGUUGAGCUAAAAAAAGGUCGUCGGCGGAAAGGAGAAUUGGUGGUGGUGGUGUUAAAAGCGAAAACUUGAAAAUUUAUUUAAAAAGUAGUAAAAAAAAACAGUGCUUACGGUACACAAUAUUCUAGUUACUGAGCGCGUUUUUACGGCACGGCUGGUUAUCUCUUUAGCUUAUGCUGAGAACAUAGUGAGUUCUUCCCGUAACUCUUAAAGUGCACGUAUUAGAAUUGAAUUGACUUGAACCCUUGUUUUCUCUUAGUGAACGGUAGAACGUGCGCGCCUCAAAGUGCAUUUAUUCCAGCAUACCAUGUCCUCGAUAUCGGCGCAGGGCGUGGUCGAACGUGCGUCCGCUGAACUCUCGAAACGCAUUAACGGCCUUGGGCUGCGUUCGAAACAUCAUCAUGGCAGCAGCGCUAAUUCGUCCUCGUCCUCCACCACGACGCAAUCCUCUUCGUCCUCGUCUGGCAGUGGAAGCGGCAAGACAUCAGUAAUGGAACGUGUCACCAAUGCCUUGUGUGGCGGUGGCAAUAGCAACAACAACAGCAACAGUAACAAUACCAAUUCGAGCAACAAUUCAAAUAGUAACUCGACAGUCGGCACACCAGACAAACCAACACGUGGUAGUGGCACCAAUAGCGGCACACAUACACCCACAGGCGGUUUGUCCACGCCCGCAAGUCCCACACUACCACACAACGUCGUUGUCGGUGCUGUCAACAAUAUGCAGCUACUGCAGCAACAGCAGUUGGCGCCACAAGCACAACAGUCGUCACAUCCGCAUCCACACGCGCAACAGUCGACGCCGUCGCAACCACCGCCAUCGUCGCAACAUCCAUUGCAGUCGCAGAUAGCCAGUUCGACGCUGGUCAAUUCGAAUUCCAAUUUGCUGGGCGGUACACCGCCGGUGCUGGGUGGCCAUCCACUGGGCGCGCCGCCUGCGCCCACUGUCAACUCAAUUGCCAAGCAAAUGAAUAUUACCAUACCCGGUCAGCCGCAAUUCAAUACAAUGGGUUUGGUGGCUGCACAAAAAUCUGUUGCUAAUCAAUCGGUGAGCGGUGGCACGCCACUGCAAAUGCGCAAACAGCUACCCAAUCCUCAUCUACAUCAUCCAUAUGCCGGCGGCGGUGGCGUUAGUGCUGGUGGCGGUGGUGUUGUUGGCGGCGGUGGUGUUGCGGUUGUCUUGCCGACGGGCGCUGCUGGCGGCGCUUCAAACGCAUCGCAACUAGCCGCUGCCGUUACACAGUCUGCGUUGAUUCUACACAAACACCCGCCUCCGAUAACCAGUAUUGAGGCAUUGUUGCUCGACGAUCGUUUUUUGACUCGUUUUUUCCUUUAUUUCUCCUCGUAUGAACGUCGCACGUUGGCGCAAGUGUGCAUGAAAUGGCGUGACAUACUCUAUCGUAGUCCGCGUUAUUGGUCGGGUUUGUUGCCAACGCUGCAGUGUCGUGAGUUGCGUCAAAUACCGAGCUGUGAUCGUGUGAAGUUGUAUAACUCGUUAAUACGUCGCGGUUUUCAUGCACUCGCGUUGGUCGGCGCCUCCGAUGAGGAUGCGCUCGAUGUGGUGCACUCAUUUCCGUUGGCGUCCAAACACAUACAUUCGCUGAGUUUACGCUGUUCGUCGAUCAGUGAUCGGGGGCUAGAGGCGUUGCUUGAUCAUCUGCAGAGUCUCUUCGAACUCGAGCUUGCCGGCUGCAAUGAAGUUACCGAAGCUGGCCUGUGGGCUUGUCUAACGCCGCGCAUUGUUUCACUCUCGCUCGCAGAUUGCAUUAAUAUAGCCGAUGAGGCUGUAGGUGCGGUAGCGCAAUUAUUACCAUCGUUAUAUGAAUUUUCGCUGCAGGCUUAUCAUGUCACAGAUGCUGCUUUAGGCUAUUUCUCGCCGAAACAAAGUCAUAGUCUGAGCAUACUACGCCUGCAAUCGUGUUGGGAAUUAACCAAUCACGGCAUCGUUAAUAUCGUACACUCUUUGCCCCACUUAACGGUACUUAGCCUAUCCGGUUGCAGUAAACUCACCGAUGAUGGCGUUGAAUUGAUUGCCGAGAAUCUACAAAAAUUACGUGCCCUCGAUUUGUCAUGGUGUCCGCGCAUCACAGACGCAUCGUUGGAGUAUAUUGCCUGUGAUCUAAAUCAACUGGAAGAGUUGACGUUGGACAGAUGCGUACACAUCACGGACAUCGGUGUCGGCUACAUCUCAACAAUGCUCUCACUAACCGCACUCUUCCUACGUUGGUGUUCACAAGUACGUGAUUUUGGUCUGCAACAUUUAUGCUCCAUGCGUAAUCUACAAGUACUCUCACUAGCCGGCUGUCCACUACUUACCUCUUCAGGCCUGUCCAGUCUAAUACAGUUGCGUCACUUGCAGGAACUCGAACUGACCAAUUGUCCAGGUGCAUCACAUGAGCUGUUCGAAUAUUUGAAAGAGCAUUUGCCACGCUGCUUAAUCAUUGAAUAAUACGUUUGCUACAAAACUGCAGUGUUGAUGGAAUGUGUGCAGAAGGUGUUGUCGCCGACAGCCAAGAAGAGUUUGGUGGAGAAAACAAAGUGUAGGGAAGCGGCUCAGACACACCUUGAGUUUAGGCAGGAAAUAAACAAUUUCGUUUUGUUGCCUGCGAUGCUGUUGGCUUUUGAAAACCAGCAAAUGAAAGCUCUUUAUGGCGUGCAAAACUUUACAGUUAAGCUUUUUUAAGAAAGUUUAAAACUGCACUGGAACUUUAAAAAGCUGUUAAGUGUAAAAUAUACUAAAAAAAAUAGCCAAAAGGCUGCACUGAAAAUAGCUUAUACUAAUGAAAAAAAGGCGUUUGCAGCUUUAAAUGGAAAACAAAUAAUUUGGAAAAAUUUAAGCUUUGGGCUUAAAGCCAAAAAAAGUUUAUUAAAGCUACUCAAAAAUGAAGUGUUUUUCAUUAGUUAAAAGCUUCUCAAGUGUAGAUAAAAACGGUCUUUAAUAAUUUUCCUAUAACUUAGUUUACUACACACUUUUAACAAAUGACAGGCAAAGAAAAAAUUAAAAUAAACUUUGUAGUAAACUGAGUAAUUUAAUAUAAACUAAUUACAUACAUAAAUACAUACAUAUUUAUAUUACUGCUAAUCAAUGCCGAUAAUGUUCCUCAAGUUAAAGAAAAACACUCAAACACUCGUUUAUAAGAAAUAUUUCUAAAAUCUUAUUAUGAACAACGUCAAACAUAUUACAAAAUAAUUAAUUUUAAAUAAUUUCUAGUUCUCAUAAUGUAAUUUAUUUAAUAAUUAUUUAAUUAGUGUUAGAUAGCUGUUAAAAAAGAAGAAGAAGAAACACUCAACACUGACUUAGAACGUUUGAAUUCCAAAUACUUUAAUUUUAAGUAUGAUUUUUAAAUAACCAGCAACAAGAUUUCUGCAAAACAAACUUAUAUAACCCUAAAAGUAUGCUAUACAUAAAUUCAGCAUGAAGGAAAUAGGCAGACUGGGUGUUGAAGUCAGUGCAUAUUUACAAGUGAAUGUGAAUUGUGAUUGCAGGAAUUAUCUUUUAGAAAAGUCAACUACGGCUGAGGUCGCAUAUUUAUAUAAUCGUAUAAUCGUUUCUAUGUUCACGAAAUGGAUGAUAAGUGGUGGAAAUAAAAAAACCAAAUUAUUUUUCACCUCUCCUAAUUCAUUUAUUUAUACAUUCAUAAAAAGUAUUUUUUUUUUCUUCGAAAUAAGCCAAAACUUCCUCCUUGACUUGAUCAUCGUUGCUUGAUUUUUUACCCCUCAAACUUCCUCUUUAAUUUCUGGAAAGCUGUAGUAAUCAAACGGGGUCAAGUCUGAGCUAAAGGGGGAGUGAUUCAAAGCAUCAAAGCCCACCUUAUUUUUUUUCUAUGCAAAUGCUGCGAAACUUUCGUAAUUUUUCGUCAUUUUUCGUCAUCUUUUCUCUUUAAUGCCUUCAUUUGAUAGUUCUUAUAUUGUAGUGUAGUAUUAUUCUUCAGUUCUGGAAACACCUUUAUCAUUAUAAUCGAUCAAUAAUAUUCCUUCUGCGUGCUAAAGAUAGUUGCCAUAAGUUUCCCAGCAGACUGUGACAACUUAAGCUUCUUCGGUGGCGCUGUACUGUUUUUAUGGACUUUUGGUUAGACUCAGGUUCAUACUGAUGCAGCCAACUUUCGUUUCCGGUAAAAAUUCGACUAAAUACAUCAUCCCUCUCAUCAUUACGAAGGUCUAAAUAUGCACGUGAACAUUCUAUGCGCUAUUGUUUUUGCGUUGAAGUGAGCAUUCUCGACACCCGUCUUGCACUAAUCUUAGUCAAGCCCAGACGAUCGUGGAAGAUUUUAAAAAUAUUUGUAUCGGUUACUUCCAACAUUUCUGCUAGUUGCCUCUUCUUGAGGCGAGCUUCGUCGUGAACAAUUUUUUCAACUUCGUAGAUAAGUUCUGGCUUGUCCACCUCGAUGCUCGCAGCCUUAUCUAAAAUUUUUUUUUUUAUUAUAAAGAUUAUUGUUUGCCAUUAUGUUCUGAAAGUGAUUUCGGGCAAGUGACUGCAGUGGCUGGCACAAAUAAAUUCCAGUCAAGAGGUCCACCUUACUUAGCAAUUGGAACCGUA